AUUUAUUUAUUAACUGAUAUUUUUUAUCUUUUUCGUGGUACCAAGUGGUACCAAGGGGUACCAAGUUUUCUGUCAUUAAUAUUCAUUUAUUUGUUCUGUCAAAUAACUAAUAUACAAUAUUUAAAUAAGUUAAAAUUUGAGCAACAUGUAAUUUAAUGCUUUGUUUAUUGAUUUUAUUAUUAUUAUAUUUUUUAAUAGUGGAAUUCAUGAAACUGAUGAUUAAGAGAAUGACAACUGACACUGUGAUUGUAUUGUCUGGUAUAUUUAAUAUAGAAUGAGUGAGUCAACUAAGAAUGCAGCUUCGUAUUUAGUUUUUUUUGUACUUUCAUAUUUGACAAAAAGAAAAAAAAAGAGUCAGGCUUCAAACAAAGUGUUUAUGUUUAUUUUUAUCAAGUCUCUACCGAAAAAAAUCAACAUAACAUUUAUUAAUUAAUUAAAAGUAAUUAUUAAUAAUUUAUAUUUGUUGUUGAUUAUUCAAAAGAACAAAUGAAUAUUGUGUUGUUUUUAUAAAUAAUAAAUCAAAACAUAACCUGAAAUUAUUAUUGAUAUAUGAAAAAAAAAUAUGACUUGUAUAUAAACUAAUGUGAACAAUAAAAAGUGUAAUUAUUGAUUUGAAUAUAUAUAUAUUUCUUUUGUUGUUAAAAAAUCAAAAUGACUCGUGUUGAUUUUAAAGUUGUUUUACUAGGUCAAUCUCUUGUUGGUAAAACAAGUUUGAUUGAAAGAUUUGUCAAUGAAAGAUUUUAUGAAAAUUUGGCUUUUAAAAAUACAAUUGGUGCUGCCUACACAUCAAAACAAAUAAAUGUUGAUGAAAAAACUUUGGUUCUUGGUAUUUGGGAUACUGCUGGUAGUGAAAGAUAUGAGGCAAUGGUGAGAAUAUAUUAUCGUGGAGCAAAAGCAGCAAUUGUUUGUUAUGAUGUAACUGAUCAAUCAUCAUUUAACAAAGCUAAAUAUUGGAUAAGAGAACUUCGUAGUAUUGAAGAAAAAUGUAAAAUAUAUUUAUGUGCAACAAAAAAAGAUCUAUUAAAUCUUGGUCAUGAUGCAACACCAAGUUUAGAAACUGUUGAUAAUUAUGCUGCUGGUAUACAGUCUAAAUUUUUUUUAACAUCCAGUAAAACUGGUGAAAUGAUUGAUGAAAUGUUUAUUGAAAUUGGAAAAGACUAUCUAUCAGAUCCUGAAAAUCAAACAGAAAAUGGAUUAGUAAAUAUCAUUUUAUCUGGUAAAAAAAAUGAUUCAUCAGGAUGUUGUGGGGGUUCAUUAAAACAAAGUUAAUAAUAUAAUUAUUAAUCUUUGACAAUUUACGUAUUAUUAUUUUAUAAGAUUUAUACUUACUUUAAUAUCUUCUGUAAAUAAAAAGAAAAAAACAAAUUAAAAAACAAGUA